AUGAGCAUGGCGGACAACAAACAACCAACUCGCACCGAGACGGACGCGAUGGGCUCCAUUGAGGUUCCAUCUGACAGAUACUGGGGUGCCCAAACGCAACGCUCGUUUCAGAAUUUCCGCAUCAAUCAGGAUCGAGAUCGCAUGCCAGACUCGGUGAUCCGUGCCUUUGGGAUCCUCAAGGGUGCUGCAGCGAAGGUUAACAGGCUGAGCAAAGACAUCGACAUAGAUGCGAAGCUUGGGCAAGCAAUUCAGCAAGCAGCCAAGGAAGUGGCGUCGCUGGAACUAAUAGACCACUUCCCCUUGGUGGUAUGGCAGACCGGGUCGGGCACGCAGACCAACAUGAACACCAACGAAGUUAUAUCGAAUAGAGCCAACGAGAUCCUUGGCCAGCCGCUGGGCCAGAAAAGCCCUGUCCACCCCAACGACCACGUAAAUAUGUCCGGCUCUUCGAACGAUGGUAUGGCAACUGCUAUGCAUAUCGCGGCUGUACUGGACCUAGAAGACCUUUUGCUCCCGGCAGUGACCAGCCUUCGAGAUGCCAUGAGGAAGAAGAGCGAGCAAUUCGCGCAUAUCGUCAAAAUUGGCCGGACCCAUCUCCAAGAUGCCGUGCCACUUUCACUUGGACAGGAAUUCUCUGGUUUCGAGAAACAACUCGAGCUGGGAAUACAGCGUGUUGAACAAGGACUUGAGGGUCUCCGUUUCCUGGCCAUGGGGGGCACGGCAGUGGGGACGGGCUUGAAUACAUACAAGGGAUUCCAUGAGGCCUUUGCUGCCGAAGUCAGUCGAGUCACGGGCAAGCGCUUCUUCACAGCACCCAACAGGUUCGAGGCCAUUUCAGCAAACGAUGCCAUCGUCUAUGCCUCGGGCGCACUCAACACAUUGGCCUGCUCCCUGUUCAAGAUCGCUCAGGAUAUCCGCUUCGAAGGCAGUGGCCCGCGGUGUGGCUUAGGAGAGCUUCUGUUACCCGAGAACGAGCCAGGCUCCUCUUUCAUGCCGGGAAAGGUGAAUCCAACUCAGUGUGAAGCAAUGACGAUGGUGUGUGCAAAGGUAGUAGGAAACCAUGCCGCCAUCACUCUAGGGGGCUUGAGCGGGCAAUUUCAACUGAACGCUUUCAAGCCGCUCUUGAUCUCUGAUUUUCUGCACUCGGUCCGUAUUUUGAGCGAUGCCAUGCGGAGUUUUGAAAAAAAUCUCUUGGAGGGGCUUCGGGCGGAUGAGAAGCGCAUCAGUUUCCUACUGGGCCAAAGCCUAAUGCUCGUGACUUGCCUCAGCGGUAGACUGGGAUACGACUUGGCCUCAAAGGUUGCAAAGCAUGCUUAUAAGAAUGACCUCACGUUGAAGGAAAGCGCAUUGGAGCUCAACGCCCUGAGCGGAGAAGAAUUCGAUCUUCUCGUGCGCCCUGAAAAAAUGAUUGCGCCCACGGGGUAG